AUGAGCAGCGACGUGGCGAAGAGCUACGAUCUUCACGUCUCGCCCGUGAUGCCGGGUAUGCUCAAGGAAAGCGGCGAGUACGACCGACCGCCGGCGCACGGGGUGUCGCACCCGUCGAUCUGGUUACUGCUCGCGGUGUCGAUGCCGCGCAUGGCGAUCAACAUGGCCUGGUCCGCCCAAUGGGCCGCCCUGGGCCCCUUUCUCUCGACCAUGUUGCCCAACUUUGCCGUCCAAGUGACGCAGUUUGUAGGACCGAUUGUCGGCGUGCUCGUGGGCCCCAGCGUCGGUGUCUUUAGUGACCGCAGCACGUGCAAAUUCGGCCGUCGGCGACCGUUCCUCGCGGUCGCUGGUGUUCUCAGUAUCAUGUGCUGGAUCGCCAUGAGCUACACACGGGAGAUGGGCGAAGCUCUGGGGGACCACAGCGAGGGACCGGAUGGCGAACCCGCUGACCGCACGUGGACGUCGGUCCUCACUGUCUUUUUUUACCUAUGGAUGGACAUUACCGUCAACGUUGUGCAGACGCCAGCGAUGCUCCUCAUUGCUGACUUUGCCGGCGAUCGUCAAACGACUGGAGCUGCGUUCGGCCAGGCGUGGUCGACGUUGGGGUCGAUCCUUGUCGCUGGCUACAUUGAGCUCUUCGGAGCGGCGCACAAGUCGCUGCACGAGUUCAUGUGGAUGCUGUCGGGGACGAUGCUCACGUGCAUCGCUGUUGCAGUAGUGUUUGCCCGAGAGACGCCGUUGGACCCGAGCAAAGUCGAAGGCGGUUCAACGUGGAAGCGAAUCGUCGACGCCUUUGCGUCUGUCUACCGCGGCAUCCGCACACUUCCCAGUGUACUCGCUGUCUACGGCAUCUGUCUGUUCUUCGUCCAGUACGGGUUCACGGCGUACAAUGGCAACAAGGGGCAGUUUUUUGGCCUGGAGGUGUAUGAUGGAUCCGCUGAAAAUGCAGAUAGCUGCAAUCCGUGCACCCCCGAGCAAGACGCCUACAACAAGGGAGUCAGCAUUGCCGGUGGCCGCGCUGAUCUGCUGUUCAACAUUGCGGGGUACGUCUACUCGUGGACGCUGCCGUUUCUGACGCGCAAGUUUGGGGUGAAGUGGGUCUUGACGAUUUCGACCGUUCCGCAGAGCUUGCUCCUGGUCAUGGCGUGGACGAGGAGCGUGACGUUCAACGUGUUUGUCGUUGCCAUUACCAGCUUGACGCAGGCCGCGUGGUUUGCGUUCAUUGUGCCCGUGAUUGUCCACGUGUUCGGGGACGACAAAGACAUUGGCGUCUACGUCGGAGCGCUGAACUCGGCCAAUUGCUUUGGACAGUUGUUGAACUUUGCCGUCGGCUCGGGGAUCGUCGAGACGCCGCUGGGGUACAAACUUCCUGUGUUUCUCGGUGGGAUCAUGAGCGCUCUCGGCUUUGUCACAGUGCUGCUCUUUUUCAAGAUGAAGAUCCACUCCAUGUAA